AUUACAUACAUUGAUAUAUAUAUAAAUAUACAUAUUACAAGCGAAUAAGGCGAUGUUGAUGUUCAGGGCCAUGAGAUAUUCGGGACUGCCACGUUCUGUGCUCCUGCUCCGCUUUGCCAGUUCGAUUGUCAGUCGAAAGCACGACUACGAUUUGGUGGUGCUGGGCGGUGGCUCUGGUGGUUUGGCCUGUGCCAAGGAGGCGGUGGAGUAUGGUGCUCGUGUGCUAUGCUUUGACUAUGUGAAACCAACGCCAGCGGGCACCAAGUGGGGCGUGGGUGGCACUUGUGUGAAUGUUGGCUGCAUACCCAAGAAACUGAUGCAUCAGGCGUCUCUGCUCGGUGAGGCUGUGCACGAGGCAGUCGCCUAUGGCUGGAAUGUCAACGAUCGGGACAUAAAACCCAACUGGAAGAAACUGAUCCAGUCUGUCCAGAAUCACAUCAAGUCGGUCAAUUGGGUGACGCGUGUCGAUCUGCGUGACAAGCAGGUGGAAUACGUCAACUCGAUGGGCGCCUUUGUGGAUGCCCAUACCAUUGAGUAUAGAACAAAGCAGGGGGAACGAAAGCAGCUGAGCGCUGAGAACGUGGUAAUUGCUGUGGGUGGACGUCCGCGUUAUCCCCUUAUACCCGGAGCCAUCGAGUUUGGCAUCACCAGUGAUGAUAUCUUUAGCUAUGAGACGGAGCCGGGACGCACCUUAGUUGUUGGUGCGGGCUAUGUGGGCCUGGAGUGCGCCUGCUUCCUCAAGGGACUCGGUUAUGAGCCCACAGUUAUGGUGCGUUCGAUUGUGCUGCGUGGAUUCGAUCGCCAGAUGUCCGAGCUACUAGCUGCAAUGAUGACAGACCGUGGCAUUCCAUUUCUCAACACCUGCAUUCCCACAGCCGUGCAGCGACAGGCGAAUGGCAGUCUGCUUGUGAAGUAUCUGAAUACAACCACUCAAAAGGAGGAAAGUGGCGUCUUCGACACAGUUCUGUGGGCCAUUGGACGCAAAGGACUCACCGAGGAUCUCAAUCUAGUUGCGGCUGGCGUCAAGACGGUGAACGAUAAGAUCGCUGUUGAUCACACGGAGGCGACCAAUGUGCCACAUAUUUAUGCCGUCGGAGACAUUAUCUAUGGCCGGCCAGAGCUGACACCUGUAGCCAUUCUGUCGGGUCGUUUGCUAGCGCGGCGCCUAUUCGCUGGCUCUAAGCAGCUCAUGGAUUAUACUGAUGUGGCCACCACAGUCUUUACACCGCUGGAAUACUCUUGUGUUGGCAUGUCCGAGGAGAUGGCCAUUGAAAAACUUGGUGCCGAGAAUAUCGAAGUAUUUCACGGCUAUUACAAGCCGACGGAGUUCUUUAUACCGCAGAAGAGUGUGCGUUACUGUUAUCUCAAGGCUGUAGCUGAGGUUUCCGGUGAUCAGAAGAUCUUGGGAUUACAUUAUAUGGGCCCCGUGGCUGGAGAGGUCAUUCAGGGAUUUGCUGCUGCCUUGAAGUCGGGCCUAACCGUUAAGACCUUGCUGAACACGGUCGGCAUUCAUCCCACAACUGCGGAGGAGUUUACCAGGCUAUCGAUAACGAAGCGUUCGGGUCGAGAUCCGACGCCAGCAUCGUGUUGUAGUUAAAUAAAUUAGCUUCCAGCUGAUAACUAUUCGA